AAAGAAGAGCGCACCCAGGCGUACUUGACUCGUUCCCUUACACUCGAUCGCCCGCAGGGUUACUAUUUUGGUCUUUCUUUGCUUGUAUUUUCACCAUUCUUUCGCACCUUUAUCGAGACAGGAGAAGCAUUUCAUCCAGAAUCUUCUAGCAGAACCUGCCUUACAAUUAGAAACGGUUAAUUAAUAUUUCAAUUCUGAUACACAUAUGAGCUGAUCAUUGAUCGAUAAUUUGCGAGAAACAACAACCAAUCUUGAUCUUUGGCCCUCUCGUGGUUAUUUUAUGCUUCAUCAAGGAGGUCGCCACGGAUUAAAAUAAGCCUUCCCCAACAUGUCACAAUUGGACUUAGAUCCACAAUUCAUGCAAGGCUUACACCUUUUACAUUCCACUAAUAAAGAUUCUGCCGAACAGCUACGAGCUCUUCUAGAUGAAGCCAUUAAGCAAAAAUAUGGACCGUCUAAAAUGUUAUCAAAUGUAUUGCAUAAAAAGAGUUAGUUCUGAUAUCAGGGCACUUGCGAAGCAUAGGAGAUUUCGUUCACGUAAAAAGAUGUCCAAUACUUGCUCCCUCUGUAUGCACCAUUAUUGUUAUAAUCUUCCCAAACUUCUAUUCCUUGAACAUUCUGUUUUUCAGUAUAUGAUGGAGGAACCAGUACUGAGCGAUCACAGUAGCAGCAGCAGCAGCAAAAAAAGUAAAAGCUCCGGAUCUUCUUCCAAACAUUCGAGCAAAUCGAGCAAGAACAGUUCCCCUGUGAAUCUACCGACGCGCGACACACCGCCCGAUAUUAUACACACUGAUAACACAUUGGCAUUAGAAAUCUUGGAAGAUGAUCUAACGUGUGUUAUUUGCAAAGGGAUGGAUGUUGGUGCAAGGAACAGACUCGUAGAAUGUUUAGAAUGCCAUUCUUUGUAUCAUCAAGAAUGUCACGUUCCACAUAUUUUAGACUCGCAAAUAGAUGUUCCAGGGUUGGUGUGGUAUUGCUCAAAUUGUUCUAAAUCUCAGGUCUCAAAAGAAAGGAGUUCACCAAAAACAGUGAUAGAAAGCAAAUCCAAAGAACAAAAAAAAUCUAACAUAAGCGGUGGAAACAAAGUUACGCCAAAUAUUCAUAUUGUAAGUGCAGACAGGAGAUUAAAGGAUAUGAUGAAGAAAGCAAAGCAAGACAAAAGAAGUACAAAUACCGCCCCAAGUUCAAAGAAUUCUUCGUCCAGUACACCAGCAUUGUCUUCGACAAAGUCUCAGGAAAAGUCACUGUUGUAUAAAAUUAAGUCAGGCGUAGAAUGAAAGUCUUAACUAUACAACUAUCGUGACAAUAUUUUAUAAUACGAAAGGAAUUUAAACGAAUUUUAUAAUAUCGACUUUAUAAGACGAUUAUAAGCGAUUAGCCAAUUAAAAACCAGUCAUACUUGUAAUUAAUGUUGAGCACUGAUAGCAGAAUCAAUGGAAAACACUAUACUAUUUCAUGCCAAAGAGUGUAUGAGUGAUCUUUAAACAAAUAUCAAUUUUAUAUAAAACUACGUACAGUAUCAAAUAUCCAGAUGUACCCAGUUGUACGAAAGACUUACAAAUUUUACCAUUUACAUUGUUUUAAUUAAAUUUGUUAUGAAAAUUGUAUGGAAUGUCGCGCGAUGUAAUUUGUUAUUAUAUAACUUUUAGCUGAAAAAAUAUAAUUUUUGGUACAAAUGUAUGUUCGUUUAAAUACAAAUAUAGAUCAACCGAGCUUCGGACGAAAGUCGAAUUACAGAAAAGAAAGUUUUCCCCGAGGAUCGUAAUCGGCCACAGGUAUUUCGAGAAGAAUUAUCACGAUUAUCAGAUUCAUUUAUAAUACCAAUAUAUUUUUGCAAUUUUCCAAAUGCUUAUUUGUUUGUCCCUACGUCCCAUUGAAAAUUUGGCAAGAGUCAUUUCGUUCUCAAGUGUUACUUAAAACCUACUUAUAUGCGAGAUGGGGGGUUGAAUACUAUUUACACAGGGGUUUUUUCAUUUCAGGGUUGCAUUCUGCACACAUACACACAUCUAUAGACUCGCACUCGUACAGCACACGUAAAGCAGUAUCGCACACAAUUUGCAUUCGUCGUUGACAUACAGCCAGUAGAAGAGAUUUGAUGAACCUAUAAAUUAAACAAGGUGUGACGAUUGAAAAAUGAAAAUGCAUUUUCUUUAUUAAAACAAAAAUAUUGUAAAGAACGAUGGACAUGAAGAACAUUGAAUAUUUGAAUCACUUUAGUCUGGAAUAUACAGGGUGUUCAGUCACCCCUGGGAAAAAUUUUAAUGGCGGAUUCUAGAGGCUAAAAUAAGACCAAAAUCAAGAAUACCAAUUUGUUGAUGGAG